AUGGAUUCCCCUCUCGGAGCAUUCCAAGCCGAAAUGUUGCCAUACGUUGUCGGUGGAGCGGUGAUCGCUUUCAUUUUGGCUUUCGCCAUCGGUGCAAAUGACACAGCGAACUCGUUUGGAACAAGUGUUGGAAGCAAGGUAAUCACCCUCUGGCAAGCGUAUCUCUUAGCAAGUGUUUUUGAGACUCUAGGAGCGAUUUUGCUUGGACAUAAAGUAACGGAUACGAUGCGGAAAGGAGUCGUCGACUUGGCUGUCUACAAUGGAAGUGAAAAGGAGUUGAUGUUUGGGCAAAUCGCCGUGCUCACUGGCUGUGGUGCAUGGAUGUUGAUGGCUACCUUCUUCAAGCUUCCCGUUUCCACAACUCAUUCAAUUGUCGGUGCCACAAUCGGUUUCUCUUUUGUCCUUCGUGGAUCAAGCGGGAUUCGUUGGGAGAAAAUCACGAGAAUUUUUGCCUCUUGGGUGAUUUCUCCAAUUCUUUCCGGUCUCGUCUCCGUCAUUUUCUACGUUUGUAUCGAUCAUUCAGUGUUGAGAAGAAGCCGCCCUCUCUCAUCCGGUCUCCUCGUGCUUCCCCUUAUCUAUUUUCUCUGCUUCGCUUUCAACAUCUUCACCAUCAUUUUCGAGGGAUCUGAAUUUCUCGGUUUCGACAAGUUGACUCUCACCAUGUGCAUUGCUCUUUCCUGCGGUGGUGGCCUUUCUGUAGCCAUCUUGGUUUACCUCUUCCUUGUCCCAUAUCUCCGUAAUCACAUUCUCUCGAGUAGUUCAUCAGCGAGACUCGUGGAAAUGGCGCCCACCGUUCAACCGACGCAAAGCCUAUUGGCGUAUGAGAAUGGAGUGGCCGAGAGUGGGCUCAAUAUGAAUUCGAAUGGGAAUGGAGUGACGAACGGGAAGGGGGAUUCGCCAACAUCGCUUGUCGUUACGAAUCAUCAAUCGCAUCCGCAAAACGUCGUCGCUCCAUCAAGCUCGGUGGAGGCUUUCUUCCGAAGUUCAAAGCCAGAGGACCCGCAAGCGUCACAAUUGUUCUCACUUCUCCAAGUGACAACCGCCUGCUUUGGAGGAUUCGCUCACGGAGGAAACGAUGUCAGUAACGCAAUCGCUCCACUCGUCUCAUUGCACGCGAUUUUCGUCGAAGGAACAGCUGAUCAAGGAGGACAAACACCGUGGUACAUGCUCUUGUAUGGCUCACUCGGUAUGUGUCUUGGCUUGUGGCUGCUGGGACAUCGAGUGAUCUACACAGUUGGAGAGAAUUUGACAAAAAUCACUCCAGCUAGCGGCUUCGCAAUCGAAUUUGGAGCCGCGGUGACAGUGUUGGUUGCAUCAAAAAUGGGAUUGCCGAUCUCGUCCACUCAAUGCAAAGUUGGCUCUGUGGUUGCGGUGGGACUCGUGCAAGCGAAUCACGCGGUCAAAUGGCACACAUUCCGGAAUAUCUCGUUGAGUUGGCUAGUCACAUUGCCAGUUGCAGGCCUCCUCUCCGCCGGGAUAAUCAUUUUCUUCAAAUUGGUUGCCUUG